UUUAGGCAAGAAAAUGACAUUUCAACUACGUCACGUGCAAGAGACAGCAUUGCACUCUCCCAAAACAACGUUGUGCGAUAAAAAUGUCGGGCUUUAAUCAUUCUGUAAAAGUUCCCACUCAAUAUAAAAGAGUAGCGGCUGUGCUAAAAACUGCACUGGAGAGAAAAAAAUCCCUAAAAACAUUAAUAUACGAAGAAAAACAUGCGCGUUUUCGUGGCAUGCAAGCUGUUUUGAAACAAUACGUUGAUAACAGGGGAGCCAUAGACGAAGCUAUCGAAAAGACCCAAAUAUUACAGGAGAACCCUCGUUUGUGUCCAUCCCUAUGCAAAGUUCUGGUGACUGAAUUAAUUCUGGGACGAAAGCAACUUAACGGUGAAUCCAAACCCGUGCAGACUGUACGUGAAUACAGGGAUCGUUUGAUAGAAGCUCUAGGGGGUGAUCCAAACUCUUUGGGACAAAAGAAGAAAGAUAUUAAACCUCGUUAUGUCCGCAUUAAUAGAAAUUUACUUGGCAUCAAUGAUGCCCUUGCUAUGUUGGCCGAUGAGCAAUGGCGUAAAAAAGAUCAUCCACCAUUUGAAAAUUAUGAUGAUUUCCUAAAGGCAAUAAAGGAGUUGGAAGAGGAUGAAUACAUGAUGGAUAUGCAUGUAGAUGAUUUACUUAUAUUCCAUCCCAAGAAUAAGCACUAUUGGGCAAGCCAUCAAUAUACUGCGGAGAAACGGUUUAUGCUGCAAGACAAGGGUACUUGUUUGGUUGCAGAACUUCUAAGUCCACCUGCUGGAUCUACAGUUUUAGAUAUGUGUGCUGCUCCUGGAAUGAAAACAAUACAUGUCAGCAAUGUUAUGCAUAAUCAAGGCGUCAUUUAUUCGGUUGAACAAAAUCCCGAGCGUUACAAUAUUUUGUGCAAUAUGACAAAAAGUGCCGGCUGUGAAAUAGUCCAACCCAUUAAAGCUGAUGCUCUCACCGUAACAGCUGAACAAUGUCAAGGUGUUGAAUACAUACUCGUUGAUCCUUCGUGUUCCGGUUCGGGUAUGCAAAAUCGUAUGUCCUUAGAUCCGGAUGAAAAAAAUCCAGAUCGUCUGAAGAAACUAGCUGGCUUGCAAAUUAAAAUGCUUUCACAUGCAAUGACUGCAUUCCCAGAUGUGAAGCGUAUUGCAUACUCUACAUGCUCACUAUACGAGGAAGAGAACGAACAAGUGGUACAAAGAUGUUUGGAAAUGAAUCCAUCGUUUAAGUUGUUGAGUGCCAAAAAGUCUUUACGUAACAAAUGGCGUAAUGUCGGCAAUCAGGAGUAUAAAAAAAUUGGCAAAAAUUGUUUAUACACAAGACCAUCGGAUGAUUUGGCAGAUGGAAUAUUCGUAGCCAUAUUCGAGAAAACUACUUCGGAAGAAUAGUUUACACAUAUAUUUUUUAUAUAAAUUUUUUAUAAUUCUUAUCUUUGUUAUACAAAUAAGGUUAUAUAUUUAAUUAUAAAUAUAUAUAUUUUUCAAAAAUGAAAAAAUGUU